AUGCCGGAUGAUGGAUAUGGCCCUCGACCGCCUCAAGACGACGAGCUGCGGAAUGCCAUCGAACGUUUGGCAGUUUUCGUGGCGAAGAACGGUCCUGACUUUGAGAAAAUGACCAUGGAAAAGCAAGAGGGGAAUCCGAAGUUCGCAUUCCUUUACGGCGGUCCUUUCAAUGAAUACUACCGUUAUUGCGUGGAACACGAAGUUCAAAAAAUUCACGGACCACCACAUCAUGGAAAUGGGUGCGGAGGACCGCCACAACCUGAGUCUGAAUUUGUGAGAAGAAUGAACUCCCAAAAAGAGCAACUCAGGCAACAAAUCAGUGAUAGUGAACGGAAUUUGAAAGCUCAUCUUGAUUCUAUUCCUGCGAUGAAGGAGGCACAAGUGGCACAAGCCGUAGUUAUGUCAGAAUCUCAGAAGAUGUCUCAAAUAUUGGCCAAUGUGAAUUUUGACGUGGCACCUCUAGGUGCAAUAUUGGAUCAACUCAAUGGUGGUGGAAAAUGCUCCAAAGAUCUCGUUUCGACUAGUCGAAAGUGGAUAUUUGAGCAUUGUCAGACAGACCAGCUCAGAGAAGUUGUUCUCACAUAUCUUUUAAGCAGGGUCAAAGAUUCUCAUGCUAAUGAUAAUUUUCGGUUGAAUGUGCUCUACAUUAUCAAUGAUUGGGCUUAUCAAUGUCAACGAAAACGUUGGGAUUCUCAAACACAAAUGUUAUCACGUUAUGUUCCUCAAAUGUAUGCCUUUACUGUGGAGUUAUCGCAAGAUGGUAUGAUGCAACAGAAACUGGAUAAACUGAUUGGAGUUUGGGAAGGUCACAAGUAUUUCAACGACCAGUGUUUCAAGGUAUGUCUCUAG